AUGGCCGACCAUGACACAAAUGCCCACAAAUACCGCUUGAAAGUGACAGCCGGUCCAGUGUACGACCGCAACACUCAUCAAGUGGUACCAGUGAACGGCGAGACAAUCCGCAUAGAAAAUGAGCAUGCGAUUGUGAGUCUUUGUGUACGAAUCCAGGACUAUGCAGGGUAUCCCGAGAAAUCACCUUCAACAAGCCCGUAUUUUGAACAUGAGCUGCACAAAAAGGAUCUAUACUCCAUAUGUUUCUCGAUAAUCUUCAAAGAACCAGUGAACGGUAACAACCUUUUUUUCGGCAACGACUUUGAGAAUCCAAUCCGCGACAUUCUCCCUCCGGGAUUCAAUUCCGCACUGAAAUUGGUUAAAUGGACGCUCGAUCCAGGCCUAGACGGCGAUGUCUACGCCGAUCAACCGUAUCUGUACAGCCCGGCACUGGCUACGUGGGAUAUCUUCCGAAUCGGAGAUAAGAUGAGCAAAGAAGACAAAGUUCCCACCCUUCAUGACGAGGUAAUUGAAGAAGGCGCUUAUAGCGAUGAAGCUGCGGAGAUUCGUCGGCAACACAAUAUUCCUGAUACGGUUGAGGGGCGUAGGAAACAUUUCCAGAAUGAAGGGAAUAGGAAAGAAUUUGAAUUUGAGCCGGGCAGGAUGUAUGUGGCUGAUUUUGGAAAUCCUUACUUAUCUUUCAGUGACUUUUCUAUCCGUCUUCCUGGGUUCACUCUGCAUGCUAUGAAGUAUGUGGAAGAGAAGAAUCAUGAGCUGCGGUAUACUCUGAAAGACACGUCUACGGGGCAGGUUUAUCUUGCUGUGCUGUUCUCGGUGGUUCUUGAGGAAUUAGAGGACAAACGGGAUAAGAGUGAUGAUAGCAAGAGCAGGGAAAGUGAGGGCAGUUUGGGGAAGUUUGAGUGGGAGCCCCAGCCAUCGGCUGACGAUGUUGAGUGA